AUGUCGAACCGCUUCUCGGUCUUCUCCAAUCAGUCCGCCGGCCUCUCGGCUGGGCCACGGCCGAUCUCUCAACAUACCACCCAAGUCUCGACCACGACCCUGCUUAAUGCGCUCCACUCGUUCUACACGGCCGGCCAACCCUACCAGCUCGACUCCAGCACGAGCUUGGUCGUCAAUACCUGGGUCACCGCCGCGACAACACUGCCCGAUGGCCGCACCGCCGCGACUAUCGACCGUGAUUUGGCUGUCCGGGCCUGGGAACAUGCCCGGAGGCGAGCCGAGGAUGGCUGUAUCGCCCUCUGCUCUCUCCAUCAGUCGACUCCGUCACUGCUGGAGCCAUUCCUCACGGCCCUUCCCAUCUCCACACCUGAAGUUGCCUUCGCUGCACUAGCAACAUUACGCCCAUUUCUCUCCGCCGUCACCUCGUUCAACCCAUCUUACUCUCUUCACUCGGCCUUAUCCGUCUCGUACACAUUGACCCUUCCGGGCCAGGUUGUGGGGCUGUCCUUGGCUCUCUCCACGUCUGGCAUCAAUGUCCACAAGGGUCUAUUGAAUGUUCCCAGCGAGGCCGGGUUCCGAGCCUUCGAUGCAUUUUACUACCUCCUGACCUCCGCAUCAACUCCCGCAGAGCGCGAAUUUCUGGACUUGUGCGAGCCUUCAACAUAUACUCUGCUGAGUCGCUCUGGCACAUAUGAUCCUCCUUCUUACCUGCCGACCGCCGAUGAUGCGGCAUCCGCUGAGGAUCUCCGCGCCAAUUUGAAAACCAUUGGUAUCAAAGGCGCCUCCCAGCGUGGCUUGCUCUCGGUCCUGGCCGGUCUGCUCAAAUUGGGCAAUGCCGCCGGUCUCGAAGUGGACCAAGAAGAACUCGAGGAGGUGUGUGAGGAUGUGGGUGGCCUUCUUGGUGUGGACCCAGAGGUUUUGCUGCACAAGUGCUCCACCGAUGAGCGCGAAGUCUUGAUUGCCGGAAUUUACGAAGCUCUGGUCGACUGGAUCAUCAGCAAGGCCAACGAGGCCAUUGCCACUGACAUCCAGAAUAUUCUUGAGAACGACUCUAGCAACGGUGGCUCGCCACAGUGGUCUAAUGAAGACACGGUUGGGCUGACUCUUAUCGAUAUUCCCCGUCCGGCCUUGGGUAAGGCUGUUGCGAUGAGAGGUGUCUUCGAUGAUGACCUUGGGAUAAAUGCCGAGAUGAAAGAAGACGGCAUCCCCAUUCCACCCAUCGGUCAGUCCGUCACCAAUGAGAUGAACACGGCGGUUGCACAGGUCGAAGCCGAUCUGGGGAUCAUGAACAGUGCUGCUGGACGAGAACGUGAGCACGAACUAGACCGACGUCAGGGAGUCCUGGAGAAGGUUGGUGUAGAAACCGAAGAGGAUUCCUUCCUGCGUCAGGUUCUCUUCCCUGUCGAUACCGAGGGCAUCUCCGUUGGAAAGCGUGGCCGCUUCGAUCUUUCAAGCACUUUGGGUAGCAGUCGUGUCUGGUACCACCUGUCGAUCCAUCCUACCGACGAGCUGCCGGAACAACUCCAAGCCUCUGCUGCGGCUUGGUCGGCUGGUGCCGUAUCCCGUCAAUUGCGAGAUUGGCGACUGCCCGAGUGGGCCAACCGCCGCAUGAAGCAACUUGAUUUCACGGCUGAUUUCGACGUCGAGGAGUUUGUCGGACGUUAUUCCCGUCUUGGCUGCGCCGAAGGCCAGGAUGGAGUUGAGAACUGGAUUCUUGAAAGAGGUUGGAGCAACGGCGACGCGGUCGUUGGUCACCAGCGAAUCUGGAUGAGGGAGGGUGCUUGGUGGGAAGCCGAAAGCAUGCUCGAUCUCAAACCUGACGAGACUCCCUCGAACCCCUUUGGAUAUGGCGCAACUAUGUACGAGCCUGGCAUGUCUCCUGAUGGUAAUCUCAUUGGCGAGUCCACUACAUUGUUGGGUGGUCGCGACGAUAUCACCAUGAUGCAGCAUCCGGCGGCAAUGACCACGAUGGCCCCCAGCGUCAUGGGAGGUGCCAAGUCGAUCGCCCCAAGUGCACCUUUCACUCAAGCUGGUGCUGGUGAUUAUGGUCUUGGCCGCAAAGGCGACGACAACAAGGGCGAUGUCUCCUACUAUGACCAGUAUGGUCGAUACAUUGGUGACGAUGAUCUCGAGAACGGGGAGCCGAAACACAUUGAGAAGCAACCCAUUACUUUUGGUCGUCGACUUUGGUCUGGGUUUGUCUGGGCUAUGACCUUCUGGAUUCCUUCAUUCUUGCUCAGAUGGGUCGGCCGCAUGAAACGUCCCGAUGUACGAAUGGCCUGGCGAGAGAAGGUUGUUCUGGUCGUCCUGAUUCUGCUCUUCAACGCUAUUGUCUGCUUCUACAUCAUGGCUUUCGGUGAUCUGCUAUGCCCGAACAAAGACAAGGUCUGGAACACCAAAGAGGUCAGUUGGCAUGCUACGGGCAGUAGCUUUUUCGUCAGCAUCCACGGCCGGGUCUACGACAUUUCCAAGUUCUAUCGUAUCCAGCACAGUGAUAUUACCGGAGAGGACACCACCGCAUCCAGCAUGUUAGAGUUCGGAGGCCUCAACAUGGAUGCAUAUUUCCCUCCUCCUCUGUCUGUGUACUGCAAUACUGAUGAUGAUUCACUUGUCUUGUCUAACAACGACACCUCGGCUACCCAAACCAAUCCUCGCGCAGUGCAUACUUCGGGCAAGACCCUACAGCCAGACCCAGGCACCAAGCUCCACGAAAUUACCUGGUAUCAAAAGGUCUUCCUACCCAAGAUCGCUGAAUAUUACAAGGGUGACCUGGUGUGGUCAAAGCAAAAGAUUCAGGACCAGGCCAAUAAUGACCAGCGUUACUGGGCCAUCGUCAACAACAAGGUCUACGAUCUCACAGAUUACUUUUACACCCUGGAUCAAAAGAACAAUCUCGACUCGUACAAGAUUUUGCCGACUGCAGUAUCCAACCUCUUCAAGAACAAUCCAGGAACUGAUAUCACGGACAAAUGGCAGGAUACGACAGAGUUCCAAGACGCCCAGAGGUGUCUCGAUUACGUUUUCUACAAAGGCAAAGUCGAUUUUCGAGAUAGUCCCAGGUGUACUGUCAACAACUGGAUUCUCUUGUCGUUCACUAUCCUCAUCUGUGCCGUGAUUCUCGUCAAGUUCUUGGCAGCUCUGCAGCUUGGAUCGAAGCGCCGGCCCACGCCACAAGACAAGUUCGUGAUCUGUUUGGUUCCUGCCUACACCGAAGGCGAAGACUCUCUGCGCCGAGGUCUGGACUCCCUGACUGCCCUGCAGUAUGACAACAAGCGAAAGCUGAUCUUCGUCAUUUGUGAUGGUAUGAUUGUUGGAGGUGGAAACGACCGACCAACCCCGAAAAUUGUUCUGGAUAUUCUAGGCGUGGACCCCAAGAUGGACCCGCCGGCACUGCCGUUUCACUCCGUUGGCCAAGGCAUGGAGCAACUCAACUAUGCCAAGGUUUACUCGGGUCUCUAUGAGUACGAGGGCAAUGUCGUCCCUUACAUUGUUGUCGUCAAGGUCGGAAAGGAAUCCGAGCAGCGCAAGUCCAAGCCUGGAAACCGUGGCAAGCGAGAUACCCAAGUUCUUCUGCUGCAUUUCCUGAACCGAGUACACCACCGCGCUCCGAUGUCACCCAUGGAACUCGAGAUCUUCCACCAGAUCAAUAAUAUCAUUGGUGUGGACCCAGAGCUUUAUGAAUACUGUCUCAUGGUCGAUGCGGAUACCAGUGUCAAAGAAGAUUCACUCAAUCGACUUGUCGCUGCUUGUGCGGCAGACGCCAAAAUUGCUGGUAUCUGCGGUGAGACCAGUCUCCAGAACGAAGAGCGCAGUUGGUGGACUAUGAUCCAGGUCUAUGAGUACUAUAUCUCUCAUCACCUGGCCAAGGCUUUCGAGUCUCUCUUCGGCAGUGUGACCUGUCUUCCUGGAUGUUUCAGCAUGUACCGUCUCCGUACUGCCGAUAAAGGCCGCCCACUGAUCAUCUCAGACAAAGUGAUCAAGGAGUAUGCAGAUAACGAUGUCGACACCCUCCACAAAAAGAAUCUGUUGUCCCUUGGCGAGGACCGAUUCUUGACCACUCUCAUGACCAAGCACUUCCCGACAAUGCGAUACAAAUUCCUCGCUGAUGCCUACGCAAGCACGGCCGCACCUGAGAGCUGGAGCGUCCUCCUCUCGCAGCGACGUCGUUGGAUCAACUCUACUAUCCACAACCUCGUGGAAUUGGCGGCUCUGAAGGAUCUCUGUGGCUUCUGCUGUUUCAGCAUGCGCUUCGUUGUUCUUGUGGAUCUGCUGGGAACUAUCAUCCUUCCCGCUACCUGUGUCUACCUUGGCUACAUCUUCUACCUGAUUGGUAGUCAUACUGGACCAUUCCCGAUGAUUUCCAUCAUCAUGUUGGCUGCCGUGUACGGCCUUCAGGCGAUCAUUUUCAUCAUCAAACGGCAAUGGCAACACAUUGGGUGGAUGAUCAUCUACUUGAUUGCGUUCCCCAUUUACAGUUUCAUUCUGCCACUGUAUUCCUUCUGGAAGCAGGAUGAUUUCACAUGGGGUAACACCCGUGUUGUUAUUGGCGAGAAAGGAGACAAGCGCAUCGUUGCGGUGGGAGGGGAGCAGGAGGAGUUCGACCCUCGCAGCAUUCCCUUGCAACGAUGGGAUGACUACGCAUUGGCCAACAACCUCCCCGGCCGCCGUGGAGAUAUGGGCACCAGCCAAGAGAAAGUCUACUCUACAGGUCGUUAUGUGGAUGACAUGGGCAUGGAAAUGGAUGACAUGCAGUCUCAGUACUCAUCCGUGAAGCCGGCAUCAACCAUUCUGACUGGUUUCCCUGGUCAGGGUCGCCACGCUAGCCCUUACAUGCCUCCGCAGUCGCCCGCUCCAUUCGUCGGCGGCAACGUGCCCGGCAAUCGUAACUCCCACAUGUCCAACUUCUCCCGCUACACCGACUUCCCUCAAAUGGGUGGCCAUCCCUCUGCAGCCUCCCGGCACAUGUCUGUUGGGGGUCUCAGUGGCUACCAGGACAGCCCGGGUCACCAGAGCCGUCACAGCCUUGGUUUCAUACAGAGCAAUGAGAACCUUCUGGUCGGGCGGUCUCGCAGUCCACUCGGCCAAUAUCCUCCCUCUCGACCUGCAAGCACCGCUUUUGAUUUCCGCAGCGGUGGCAUCGGGCCGGAUGAAUCUGCCAUCACCGAAGCCACUCGUGCUUGUUUGGCCGAGGUUGAUCUCGACACGGUCACCAAGAAGCAGGUCCGCGUCCUUGUGGAACAGCGUCUGCAGACCACGCUCACUGGCGAAAAGCGCGCCUUCCUCGACCGCCAGAUCGACCACGAACUGGCCAACAUGUGA